AUGGCCGCUACAACUCUCAGCCCCAAUGGCCCUCUAAACUUGGACGCUGGGUUUCAUCGAAGUUCAUCCAAGGAUGUAGAUUCACAACCUGACCAAAGGAAGCCGCCAGUCUUAUUCGGCAACGACAAGAAAAUUGAGUCCACACGCUACAUGACCCCUUGCUAUCCUGGCACGCCUAUCGAGGAGCUUAGAAGAAGGUAUUGGCAGGAUGGAGUUCUCUGGAUUAAAGGGCUCCUUGAUCCGGUAAUGAUAAAUGAGUUCCGCGCCCAAUAUCUUUCGAUAGUAAAUGAAGGUACAGGAUUGCUGAAGCCCGGGUCAGAUCCAGUGGAGGGCAUUUUCUCGGGGGAAGAUUGGAGGAACUAUCUUCUCCCAGGAGCUGUCCGUGUCGCUGCCGGGCUCCCAGACGAAGGGCCUUUCGUGGAGAAUGCCAUCAAAUCUCAUCACUGCCAAGAGUACUUGGACUUCAAAGAUCAAGUUGGGCGCCGGAUCGAGCCCUUUGUCGGGAAAAUGCUCCAAUUUAUUGAGCCCUGGUGUCUGCCACGGUCUCUACUUAGAUGUGCUGUCCCAGGAGGUGAAACAACACCCGUCCACUAUGAUCAAAUCUUUCUAAGGGCUGGUCCUCCAACAAGUAUAACUGCGUGGGUACCGAUUGGGGACGUUGAAGUUGAGGGAGGAGGCUUGAUCUAUCUUGAUCGUGCCCACGAGAUUGGCGUCAACUACGAGCAGGACUUUUCAAAGAUGAACGCCAGUCUCUCGGACGAGGAGCGCAUUUCUGCCUUCAACAGAAACAUGGAGAAGGGCGGAUGGCUCGACAAGAAUGCGAGCAGAUUCGGUGAACAGUGGUCUCGGGGCUGGCUGGUAGGCGAGUAUGAAGCUGGAGACGUGGUCUUUCAUACCCCAUAUACGAUUCAUGCGGGGGCCAAAAAUCAGUCGCCAAGCGGACGUAUUAGAGUAUCGACAGACCUUCGCUUUGUAGACAAGUCAAAGCCCUACGAUGAGCGAUGGACAAUCAUGGCUUAUUCGGAACAUGAUCCAAAUGUUGCUCGAAAUUCAGCCCGAAGGAAAUAG